AUGGCAACCAUAAACUCGGUGCUCGGCCCACUGGAUACGGCGGACCUGGGGUUCACCUUGCCCCACGAACACCUUAUCGAUUCCUCCGCCGGAAUACGGCAGACAUAUUACGAACUGGAAUUCCGCGACCAUGCCCUGGACAUGGCCUUGCAGUCCUUUACCGAGGCCAAAUCCGGCGGCGUGGACACCGUCGUAGAGGUUUCUCCCCUUGAUCUGGGGCGGGACGUUCUUCUUAUGAAGGAGGUCUCGGAGCGAACGGGAGUGCAGUUCGUUUGCUGCACCGGCUGCUGGCUGGACGUUCCCCGCAGCUUCUGGGGCCGGGACAAGGACUUCAUUGCGGACCUUUGGGUAAGGGAAAUCGAGCAGGGAAUUGAGGGUACGGGAAUCAAGGCCGGCAUCAUCAAGGUGGCUACCAGCGACCCCAUUACUGAGCAGGAAGAGUUGAUGCUCCGUGCCUCGGCCCGGACCCACCUCCGCACCGGCGUCCCCAUUACCACCCACACGCCCGCCGAGUCACGGAUAGGCGAAGAGCAGGUGCGCAUCCUGAAAGAAGAGGGAGUUGAAACCCAUAACAUAUACGUGGGGCACAUCAACAACACUCUCGACCCCGAUUAUCACCAUGAGUUGGCCCGCCUGGGAGUCUGGCUGGGCUGGGAUAUUAACAACCCCUUCGGCCGCCCCAACCUUCCUCCCUGGCAGGAGAGGACCGACUACCUCAAGGAACGGCUGGACGAGGGCCUGGCUGCCAACAUGAUGCUGUCCCACGACUGGAACAUCGUCCUGUCCCGCAUCGGCUCACCGGGUAUGCCCACCAGGGACCAGAACCCGGACGGCUACCUCUGGCUCAGCCGCGCCGUCAUCCCCAGGCUGGUGGAGUCGGGGGUUCCGGAAGCGGUCAUCGACCGCAUGAUGGUCGAGAACCCCAGAAGAUACUUUGAAGGCGUACGCCCGUCUGACUGA